AUGGGUUUGCUGACACAAGGAUCGCCAUUGAACUGGGAAGAGACCAAAAAUUAUGCAGAUCAUGUCAGAAAACACGGCAUCAUCCAAUUCCUAAAUAUUUAUAACAAAGCUAAAGACCGACAGAAUGACGACCUCAAAUGGGGUGACGAGGUUGAAUACAUGUUGAUAGCGAUGGAUCACAACAAUCACAAAGUUCGUCUGGUGCUCAGUGCAGGUGAUGUCUUGCACAGUCUUCAAGAAAAAGGUGAAAAUACCAACCCCAACCACCCGACCCUCUGGAGGCCUGAGUAUGGCAGCUACAUGAUUGAAGGCACUCCUGGCCAGCCUUACGGAGGAACAAUGUCUGAGUUCAACACUGUGGAAGACAACAUGGGUAAACGACGGAGGGAAGCCUCUUCUUUACUGAAAGAAAACCAGUCACUGUGCACCAUUACAGCAUUUCCAAGAUUGGGCUGCCCUGGUUUUACUUUCCCAGAGUUUGAUCCCAAACCAGUUGAAGAAGGAGUAUCCACAUCUUUGUUUUUUCCAGAUGAAGCAAUUCUUGAGCAUCCCAGGUUUAGAGCCUUUGACACACAUAUAAAUCACAGAAGAGGAGAGAAAGUAGUCAUCAAUGUACCCAUCUUUAAAGACAGAAACACCCCAUGUCCUUUUAUUGAGACAUUCCCAACAGAUGAUGGAGAGGCAGAAAGGGCAGCUUUACCAGACCACAUAUACAUGGAUUCUGUGGGAUUCGGAACAGGAAACUGUUGCCUUCAGGUCACAUUCCAAGCUUGUAACAUGACCGAGGCUAGAUAUUUAUAUGACCAGCUUGCCACAAUAUGCCCCAUUAUGAUGGCUUUGAGUGCAGCUUCUCCAUUCUAUAGAGGCUACGUGUCUGAUAAUGACUGUCGUUGGGGAGUGAUCUCUGCUUCUGUCGAUGACCGAACGCGUGAAGAGCGGGGUUUAGAGCCCCUAAAACACAAUAAAUAUCGGAUCAGUAAAUCAAGAUAUGAUUCCAUAGACAGCUACCUCUCCAGUUGUGGUGAAAAAUACAACGACAUUGAAUUAACAAUAGAUGAAGAGAUCAACAAGCAGCUGUUAGAAGCAGGGGUUGACAGACUCGUGGCGCAACAUGUAGCCCAUCUUUUUAUCCGUGAUCCUUUGCUGGUUCUUGAAGAGACAAUUCACCAGGAUGAUGAGAAUGAGUCUGAACAUUUUGAAAGCAUUCAGUCAUCCAACUGGCAGACGAUGAGAUUUAAACCUCCUCCUCCCAACUCCGACAUUGGAUGGAGAGUAGAGUUUCGCCCAAUGGACGUCCAGUUGACAGACUUUGAAAACUCAGCAUACGUUGUAUUUGUUGUAUUGCUCACAAGAGUGAUUCUUUCAUACAAACUAGACUUCCUGAUUCCAUUGUCGAAGGUGGAUGAAAAUAUAAAGGUUGCUCAGAGACGGAAUGCUGUCCUUCAAGGAAUGUUUUACUUCAGGAAGGACAUUUUUAAAGGUUGUAAUGCAGCUGUACAUACAUGUGCUUCAGCUCAAAACGGCCUAGACAAUGAUAAUGAAGAGUAUGCUCUGAUGAGCAUUGACACACUCAUUAAUGGGAAGGAAGGUGUCUUUCACGGUUUAAUACCAAUCCUGAACUGCUACCUGGAAAACAUGGAAGUAGAUGUAGAAACGCGAUGCACCAUAUUGAAUUAUUUUAAACUGAUAAAGAAGAGAGCUUCAGGGGAGCUGAUGACUAUGGCUCAAUGGAUGCGAGAGUUUGUUGCAAACCACCCUGAAUACAAGCAGGACAGCGUGAUAACGGAUAAAAUCAACUAUGAUCUCAUUGUGAAAUGUGACCAGAUUGCAAACGGAGCAGCUCGGUGCCCAGAGCUUCUGGGAGAUCCCGUAAACAGGGCAAAAUAAGAGUUUCAAAUUGGACUGUUUGAUUAUUGCAGUGCACUCUGCAUUGCGGUACAGUCAAACCUGCUAAAAACAAGGGACUGUAUAAUUGUGCUUCUUUUAUAUAAAGGUGAUUUAACUAUGGGAAAUAAUAUAUGCAUGGGGAGGGGGCCACCAGAAUGGUAUUUCUGUAUGGGUUUUAAAACUACUACAAUAUAAUGUUUUAUCAGUAACUGUAGUUAUACAACUUUUGCAUAAAGUCCAAAUGUGUGAUGCAGCAGAAACCAGUGAACGCACAUACAGUGUCUUCAUAAUCGUGUGAUGAUCGCACAGUACUUCAAGAGUUGAUCAGAAUAUAGCCAAAUGCAAACUGAACUGUUCAGAUGGAACUUUUUAAUAUUUUUUUUUUAUGAAAUGCAGACAAGUGCAUUAUAAUGAUUAAAAAGGAUUUUAAUUGAACUUUAAUAGCAUAAAAAGUUAAUAUUGCAUAAUAUAUGUAUGUAUAUUUUAUUUUUAUGCUUAUUGUUUGUGGGUAGCAAAACAAAUGUAAUACAAUGCAAAGAUGUACGUAAGAAUAGUGUUAUUAAUGUCUACUGGGAAUACUGUGUUGGUGAUUUGCUAACUUUAACAAUGCUGUACCUUUCAGGAUAAAUGUUUGAUUAACAGCACCCUGUUCUGUGUGUAAUACAUAAGAUCACCAAUUGUACUUGUAUUGUGGAAAUCACUUCUGCAGAAUAGCAUUGUAUCUGAAGAGUUAUUUGAAAGAAAAACAGUUUUAUUCAUAAACCAUUAUUGUGCUAAUAGAUAUGUUAAAGAUGUUAUAAUUUGUUAAUUUGUUAAUUAACCCAGACAAUGUGGAAAGUUUAUGGAGCAAGCAAGGUGCUGAACUCAGAGCUACACAUCAGAGGAAAACUGUAUCUGAGCACUGCACACAAAGAAUGAUUAAAAAAGGAAAUUGUUUAAAUAACGUAUUACAUUUUGUGAACAUGACCUUAUGCUUCCAAA